AUGAGGCAAGGCAGAGUGGGCUAUGGGGGCGCAGGGGGCCGUGGAGUGAGGGGCCGGGAGCUCGGCAAGGCAGCAGCAGCAGCAGCCCUGUCGCAGGCGCUGGUUUCCCCGGAGACUCGGAAGUUCACCCGGGUGCUCAGCAAGCCGGGCAUGGCUGCCGAGCUGUGGCAGAGCAUCUUCGAGGUGGUGCAGGGCUCCAUGUUCGUGGCCCGGCCCAGCCUGUCUGGCUCCACGGCGCUAGCGGGAUCGUGGGGAUCCCUCGGUGUCCAUCUCGCGGGGGCGGGUGAGGGGACAGGGCCCGCUGAGAAACUCCUGGGACACGCGCUGCGCCUAGCCCUUCUGACGGGUGAUACCACGCAGGUGGCCUGUGCUGAGUGUGCUGAAAUCCUGCAGCUCGCAAAGCCCUUAAUCGCUGGCUUCACCCCCGAUUUCAUACCCCGCUCAGCGCCAUUCGUGCCUGGCUUCCUUGCCCACAAACAUCUGGGUCCUGCCUCCUGCACCUAUCCAGCAGGGCUCUGCCUUCUCCUACUUCACAUCCCUCCUCGUGUCACUGCUUUGGAAGCCAAAGGUAAAAAGAGAUUCACGGGGAAAAAUGGAAAAGCACCACAAAGAAAACAUAAAUUUAAAAAAGACAAUGAUUCUGGUCCACCAAACAAGUUUCACAGCAAAGGAGGUGAAGAAGGAAAGCCUAAGUUCAGACCCAAGAAGUCUGAGAAAGGAAACAAAAAACUUGGUAAGACAAGUAUGAAACAAUUCAAGAGUAAGCAGCAACCAGAAAAGUUCACUAGGAAGAGAAAACUCCAGGAGGGUAAUGAGGGGGGGUCAGCACUUAAGAAACUUAAAUGGAAUGAUUUUAAAAAGAAAAAGAAGGAAUUAAAGCAGAGCAGACAAUUAAAUGACAAAACAAAUUAUGAUAUAAUCAUCAAAUCAAAACAGAUAUGGGAAAGUAUGAGAAGGAAAUGCUGUGACAAGAAGAAGCGACAGAAGCAAAUAAAUGAACUACAUAAACUGCUUCAGGGGAAAAUUAAAACUAUGGUAUUUGCAUAUGACUCAACACGUGUUAUCCAAUGUUUCAUUCAGUAUGGCAAUGACAAGCAAAGGCAAGAGACAUUUGAAGAAUUAAAAGAUAGCCUAUUAGAACUGAGCAAAUCCAAAUAUUCCAGAAAUAUUGUAAAGAAGUUUCUUAUGUAUGGAACAAAACCACAAGUUGUAGAAAUAAUUAAAAGCUUUAAAGGUGAGGUAAAAAAAAAAAUGUUCCGCCAUUCUGAACCAUCUGCCGUGGUACAGUAUGCAUACAAUGAUAAAGCCAUUCUGGAGCAAAGGAACAUGCUAACAGAAGAGCUCUAUGGGAAUACAUUCCAAGUUUACAAGUCCCCAGUUCACCCUACACUGGACAAAGUAUUAGAGGCCCAUCCAGAAAAGCAAGAGGCCAUGAUGGAUGAAAUGAAACAGAUUCUUACCCCAAUGGCACAAAAAGAGGCUGUGAUAAAGCACUCACUGGUACAUAAAGUAUUUUUGGACUUUUUCAUCCAUGCUCUCCCAAAACAAAGAUCUGAAAUGCUUGAAGCAAUCAGAGAAGCAGUAAUCUGCCUGGCACAUACACAUGACGGCGCCUGAGUAGCCAUGCAUGCUUUAUGGCAUGGUACACCCAAGGACAGAAAAAUCAUUAUGAAAACCAUGAAGACAUAUGUUGAAAAAAUAGCUAUUGGUGAAUUCUCUCACUUGGUCUUGCUGGCAGCGUUUGAUUGCAUGAUGAUACCAAGCUCAUGAAACAAUUAAUCAUAUCUGAGAUAAGUGGUUCUUUGCCCAAUAUUAUAAACAACAAAUAUGGAAGGAAGGUCCUGUUGUACUUGCUAAGUCCAAAGGAUCCUGCACAUUUCUUACCAGAGAUCGUCAAAAUUCUGCAACAGGGAGAUGGAAAUGCUUACAGUAAAAAAGAUUCAGAUGUCCGCCGUUGCGAACUUUUAGAAGCCAUUUCCCCAGCCUUGUUAGGUUAUCUGCAAGAACAUGCCCAAGAAGUGGUGAUGGACAAAACUAUGUGCAUCUUGGUGGCUGAUAUUUUAGGAUCUGUUCUUGGUGAUGUCCAGCCUGCCAUGAAUGCAAUUGCUAGUUUGACAGCAGAGGAGCUGGUUGCAGGUGGCAAAUAUGGGCAGAUUCACAUCGCAGAGCAUACAGCAGGCCAUCUGGUUCUGAAAUGGUUAAUAGAGCAAGAUGAAAAAAUGAGAGCUAAUGGAAGAGAAGGAUGUUUUGCAAGAACAUUGGUGGAAUGUAUCAGCCUUAAGAAUAUGAAGUCUUGGGCAGAAGUAAAUCGAGGUGCCACGAUUCUAUGUUGCCUUCUCCAAAGCACAGAUCAAGAA